CUGGCACACGAUGGCUUCCACACAGGACUCUAAUUCAGGAAACUAAAAGGUGCUGUAGGACUAACUCCUGACAGCAAGUCCUCGGCAAGGGGGAGAGUUUAAAUAUUCAGAGAUGGGUUUUGGGGAGGACUUGCGGUGCCCUCAGGCACAUGCAGCUGUCAUGCAGCUGCUGGACUCAGAGCUUCACCUAAUGGAGGUCAUGAAGAAAUGGAUGGGUCAGCGGGCUAAGAGUGAGCGGGAGUUUUCAGUGCAGCUGCACCACAUGACUGCCAUGGCAGAGAAGCUGGAUCGGCCUCAGCCUGGUGCAGGACAAGACUACAUCAGUCAGCUCAACAAGUCGUGGGGAGUGCUGCUCUCUCAGACGGACCUCCUCAGUCAGGUGAUGAAGAAGCGCUCUGAGGAUCUGUUGGAUGGUCCCAUCAGCAAACUGACGCUGCUCAUCAGAGACAAACAGCAGCUCCGCAAAACCUACGCAGAGCAGUGGAACCUGUUGAGGCAGGAACUCAGCAAGGUGACCCAGACAGAGCUGGAGAGGCUGAAGAGCAGCUACAGACAGGCGGUGAGGGAUGCAGCUCAGGCUAAGAGGAAGUACCAAGAGGCCAAUAAAGAUAAAGAGCGAGACAAGGCUAAAGAACGUUAUGUAAAGGCUUCCUUGAAACUCCACGAGCUGCAUAAUGAGUAUGUGCUCUCUGUGCGAGCUGCUCAAGUUUACCAUCAGCACCACUACAGUCAGAUCCAGCCCGCCCUGCUCAGUGCGCUGCAGACUCUGCAGCAGGAGAUGGUGCUCAUACUAAAGGAGAUCCUGCAGGAAUAUUUUGACAUCUCCACGCUCCUCCAUCAUGAAGUGGUGCAGAUCCACAGGGAGAUAUCUUCUGCUCUAACAGCCAUCGAUCCUAACAGAGAAUAUGAGAGCUUCAUCCAACAGAACAGGUCUGUAGGGGAGACUCCUGCUUGUGUCGAGUUUGAUUGUAGUCUUCUGGAGGACACUGAGCAACUAAAUCCCAGAGAGAUUGAAGUGAACGACCUCACGAUUGAGACAGUCCAGCACAAACUGACUGCCAUAGAGGAGGAGCUGCUGGAUCUAGCUCGGACUCUGGGCUCCCAGCAGACCUCGGUCGAGCAGCUGGAGCUGGAGCUGGACGCAGAGCGUGAAGGUGUCAAGAAGGGCCAGAGCGUCUACCAGUUCAGCAAGAGGCAUGCGAUGGAGGAGUGCCGGCAGCAGGUCGCUCUGACUCUGGGCGUUCGGGCCAAACUGGAGGUUCAGAGGCUUCUUCUGAAGGAGAAAAUGGACCUGCUGGGCUCCCAAGAGCCUCCCUCUGCUCUGAAGCUGGACUUAGACAACGUCUCAGUUUCCAGUAAUUACCACAGUCCACCUCCUUCCAAACUCAUGGACGGAAUCAUAAACAAUCUAAGUGGCCUGUUUAAAUCCAAGUGGGAGGUGCUUCCGGCUGUCACCCCAGUGCUGGAGGUGGAUCGUCCUCUGGGCCAGCAGGACUGGUACCACGGAGCUAUUCCCAGACUGGAGGUCCAGCAGCUGCUGAAGAAUGAUGGAGACUUCUUGGUGAGGAAGAGUCAAGAGAAACAGGGUUAUGUGCUCUCUGUGCAGUGGGAAGGAUCCUGCAAGCAUUUCCUCAUUCAGAACACGGAUAAUCUGUACCGUCUGGAUGGAGAAAGCUUCCACAGUAUCCCGCUGCUGAUCCAUCAUCUGCUAUCCUCAUGUCAACACGUCACCAAGAGGUCCGACAUCAUGCUGAAGAAACCUGUUGUGAAGGACAAGUGGGUCCUGGAACAUGAUGAUAUCAUCCUGGGACCCUUCAUUGGACGGGGUAACUUUGGAGAAGUGUACAGUGGUCGCUUACGCUCUGAUAACACUCCUGUCGCUGUGAAAUCCUGUAAAGAGAACCUGGCCCCGGAGCAUAAGAGUAAGUUCCUGAUGGAAGCCAGGUUAGUACAUACACACACGCACACGCACACACACACACACACACACACACACACACACACACACACACACACACACACACACACACAUACCUCCUCUCCUGUGCUGUCCAGGAUCCUGAAGCAGUAUGACCAUCCUAACAUUGUGAAGCUGAUCGGAGUGUGCACUCAGAAGCAGCCCAUCUACAUCAUCAUGGAGCUCAUUCAAGGUGGUGAUUUUCUCUCCUUCUUACGACAUGAGAGUCACAAUCUGAACCCUAAGAUGUUGGUCAAAAUGACAGAAAAUAUUGCAUCUGGCAUGGAGUUUCUGGAGAGCAAGAAGUGUAUACACAGGGACCUGGCAGCAAGAAACUGUCUGGUUGCAGAGCACAACGUGGUGAAGAUCAGUGACUUUGGGAUGUCCCGUCAGCAAGAUGAUGGUGUCUACUCUGCAGAGGGCGGCCUCAGACAGAUUCCUGUCAAAUGGACGGCGCCUGAAGCCCUGAACUAUGGUCGUUAUACCACAGAGAGUGAUGUCUGGAGCUUUGGAGUCUUACUGUGGGAGACCUUCUCCAUGGGAAUGACACCCUACACGAGCAUGACCAACCAAGAGACACGAGAAGAGGUGGAGAAAGGAUACUGUAUGCCCGCUCCACACGGCUGCCCUGUGGAUAUCUCAAGGAUUAUGAGCAGCUGCUGGCAGUACGAGCCCAGAAAUAGACCGCCUUUCAAGAAACUUCGGACUGAGCUCUGUGCCAUAUACAACAAAAUUACGUAAUACAAGCCUGUUGGUUGGACAUGUAGACUACGUUUUUGUUUUACUUCUGUCUGUUUGAUUUGUUUUGUAAUUUUGCAUCUUUCUUUCUUCUUCUAUGUUUAAGACUGAAAGAGAUCAUGCACAUUGAAAGAUAAUUUAAAAAUGACAAAACUAAACUUUUAUUAUGGAAAUAAACUUUGAACUGGAGUUUUGAGGGCUUGUAAAAUAUCAGUGAACCAGCUGAUGGCAGCAUUCUUGUUUGUUCCCUUCUUGCCUUGUGUGUCUGUGUUUCCUUCUUACCCUCCCAACAACAAAAGGUUGUCUUCAACACACCUGCACAAAUAUGUGCUACUAUAAACUCAACAUACUGUGCUGUAGAGAAUGUCAUUACCAUAGCUGUUGAAAUGAAACACCCGUGCGAUCUGUCUGAAAGAAACUAUAGAUGUGUGUAGAACUGACAUCCUCCUGAGACGCUACCGGCACACAUAAAGCCUUGUGUGCUGUUUUUGUCCAUUUGUGUUACCUUUCGGGUUUUUAGGAUCCAACUGCAGACCUCCCUCUUGGCGAUCUUAGUUCUGUAGGUCAAUACAGGACAGGACUACCUUUGAUUACACAAAAAGAUCUCAAUUUAAAGGACAGGCCUAUUUUUGCAACCAGCAAGCAAGCAACAGCAAUCUAGAACAACAACAACAAAACCAAGACAAUACAGUUCAACCUCAGCUUUGCUUUGCGAAUGAUUAUGUUUGCAUGCCAUCUUUCUAACGGUUAAGAAGCUUACAAGCUUAACGCUACAGGUUGAAGUGGUUGACAAGUGAGUUAUGUGCAGGGUGUUGUGGAACUCUGCCUAUAAGCACUCAGCUUUACAUGUCAGUAUAGUCCAUUGUACUGCAGUGUGUUAACCUCUAGUACUGUGUUUGUCAGACAACUUUACAUUUAUAAAAUAAUGAUUGUAUUCCCUGUUCAGGAAGUCGGUUCAACUAACAUGGCUGCUAGCUAGGGGCUCAUUUGUUUUGCCAGACAUGUGGGUUGUAGGAUAGACAGCCCUGCCUGUAACAGCUCUUCCCUACUAAUACUGUGUUAGUUAUACAACAAAAGUAAAACUGGAAGGGGACAAUGGCUGGAAGAGAAAUAGUACAUAACUCCCGGGAAAAACAUUUUGUUGGGUCAUUCGACGAAAACAUUGUUCUCUCGUUUUUUUAAAGACCUUGUGAAGAGAACAGAAAACCAUCAUAUGAUGCACCUCACUCUAACGUCAACCUGGAGUCUCAGGCUUUUGUUGCAACAAGGCAAGUGACAUUGUUCAGUGACACUGACAUGUUCCAUCAUGAUGGUGGUUUAGGUGUGUCAUGUCAUGGAGAGGUUGCAUUGAAUUGAUAUACAUCUCUACACAAACACUGAUGCAGGCGCUGCUGUUUAGCCUUGAACAUUAUUGACUCAGUGCCAGAGUUGUGCAGGAAGAGUAUUGUAGUUGUUGAAGUGAUGUGCAGUUUAUGUCAUUUAAGCCUCAUUUUAUAUGGAUUAGUAUCAUUAGCGUGGAUAAUCCUUUUCAUAUUUCAGUAUGAUAAGGCCUUUCAUACCUACAUCAAUAUGAGAUUAAUCCCACAGGGAAUGAAAAAACAUGAAAUUCUCAGUGCAGAGAUGCUGAGCUUUGAAACAAAGUUGGUCAACUUCGGUUUACUAAAUGAAAGUUUCUUCAGAACUACAACAUACCCUAUAUAUACUUCAAUAGAUGACCAGCACAGGGCUGAUCAUCUAUUGAAAGUGUACAUGCAAGUUGAAUGUUUCAUUGGCAUCCAAUGUGGAAUUAACCAAACAAAUUGAAAUCUUGUUAGCAAAAUUAUUGAAGUGGAAUAUAUCAAUUACAUGUCACACAAGCAAUCAGGACUUAAGUCUUUUCUCCCGCAGUGAGGAGGGUGUGGCGCCUGUCACAAUGAGUUUCACUCAUCCCCUUCCAAGUAUCUCUGUCAUGUGUUUCUUUUGAAUCGGCUUGUCAGAAUGAGUUCUCAACCAUUUUGUAAUUUAACCCUCACCGGUCGAGCUCGUUCUGUAACCUUUACUAGUCAUCUGUUGUUUUUGUCUUUAUUUGGUUGCAAGGUGACUAAACAUGAAUCUUAAACAUUGGAUGAAGAAUAAAUGCACCUACAAAAUGCUCCAGUUUGAAGUAAUUAAACCCAAAUGAAUAACAAAUUUGUCUCAUUCUGGAUACUAACCACACUUCUUAUGCUACCUCCAUACGCAUUGUCUUAAAUGUCAGAGGUGGUUGUGUAACUGUUGCUAUGUAAUGUUAAUAAUGCGUUUGAAGCAGCUUAGUGGUGUUCACAGACUGUGAUGCAAUUUCCCUGUCAAGUGUCAUACAAAGUGUUUCAGAGGGUCCUGUUUGUUUCAGCUCAAUCAAUGCAGUGUGUUCACAAAAAUACAAAUGUAACAGAUAUUAAAAUGUGCUUCUAUUA